AUGUAUUAUGCAGCAUUGAAUGAUGAUGUUGAUAAUGGUAACAGUGUGGCUGGAAGUGGUGAUGACUCUUCAGAUAAUCGUGAUGAUGCUGACUUAGAUAAGUGUACCAACUCACAACAUCUUGUACUUUCAUCUGCAAGUCUUGACCUAGAACUUCCACAGACACUUGCAGCCCACCCUGAUGAGAUCCUGGCUACUAAUGAAUCAGGCUCCUGUGGUCUUACAGCUCAGACUCGUUGCCAUGAUCAACAGUCACAUGAUAAACAUUUGGUGUUUGCUACAGGAGAUGAGGGUGUCAAAAUGAGCUUGGAUGAUUGCCCAACGUCUGUGUCCUCACGAACAGUCAAAACAAUUAAUCGGCCAGUUCAGUUAAUACCGGAAGAUGAGAUAGCCAGAAACAAACUCAGCUUAGAAGAUAUUCGAGCAAUAGAUAAGUUUCACAACUACACAGAAGGCCAGCCAAAUGAGGUUAUCUAUGUGAAAAAUUUACCCAACAAGAUAACAGAAGAGGAUCUUAUAGCGCUGUUUGGUGCCUUCCAGUCUGAGGGAAAACCCAGAAUUGUGUUUAAACUGUUGUCAGGCAGAAUGAAAGGUCAAGCAUUUAUCACUUUCCCAGAUACGGCGACAGCAACAAGAGCUGUCCAGGUGGUCAAUGGCUACAAGCUACAAGGCAGGCCUGUCAUACUGUCUUUUGGGAAAAAGCAUGGGUGCUGA